CGCGGUCCUGCGCUCUGAUUGGAGGAGGACGUCGUGGGCGUGGUUAUACCAUACAGAAGUGCUUUCCGAUGAGGAAUGUAUGCCUCAUUCUCUCAGCUGCUCAGGUGUAAAGAGGAGCGUUCAUAUCUCAGCUUCUUUGAAGAUUGAGGAAGAACUGUGUCCACUGCAGCCACUUGAUUAGUCUUAAAACAAAAUUCCCCAAAAUUUUGUUUCAUUGUUGUGCUCCGUAGAGAGCUUCUUUCUUUUUUUGGUUUCCAUAAAAACACCCAUAAAACAGACCCAGAAUGGAAAGAGCAGACUUUGUCCAAAAGGCCAAAUUGGCUGAGCAAGCUGAGCGUUAUGAAGAUAUGGUGGCUUGUAUGAGGGAGGUGACCAAGACUGGCCACGAUCUCUCUAAUGAGGAAAGGAACUUGCUGUCUGUUGCCUACAAGAAUGUGGUGGGCACACGCAGGUUGGCCUGGCGGGUCAUAUCCAACAUUGAGAACAAUCCUGAAGAGAGUGACAAGAAGCCUGAGGUGGUCAAAGAAUACCGGGAGAAAGUGGAGCGUGAACUCCGAGAUAUCUGCAAUGAUGUACUGGAGCUGCUGAGUAAAUACCUAAUAACAAAUUCUGAAAAUUACGAAAACAAGGUCUUUUACCUGAAGAUGAAGGGAGACUACUUCAGAUACCUUGCUGAAGUGGCCCCUAAAGAUGAUAAAUCUGCUAUAAAUGACUCUCAGCAAGCCUACCAAGAGGCAUUCAAUCUGAGCAAGGCGGAGAUGCAGCCAACACACCCCAUCCACCUGGGCCUUGCCCUGAACUUCUCUGUCUUCUAUUACGAGAUUCUUGGCUCUCCAAAGGAGGCUUGCAACCUCGCCAGAGAGGUACUUGAAAAAGCCACAGCAGAGGUCAGUUCACUUAAUGAAGAGUCUUUUAAAGACAGCACCAUCAUCAUACAGCUGCUAAGAGACAACCUCUCCUUAUGGACAUCUGAUAACAGCGAUGGAAAAUGAAGGACAGAAGAGCUGAAACUUCCAUGCCUUCAGAUUAGAUGGGGGGGGGGGGGGGGGAUUAUCCAAUAGGAUGAAAAUCAUUCUUUUAAUAAUCCAUCACCUCACACUACUGUCUACUGCACCUCAGUGCUGCUAUUUAAGCUAUGUUAUGGGUUAUACCACUGUUAGUUAGUCAAACUCCUAAUGCUCUUAACGCAAAAAAAGGUAAAAAAUCGAAAGAUUCUCACAUUAGGAAAAUUAAGAGUUCACAUUUAAACCAGUAGAUUUUACUUUAACAUUUGAGUAAUGUGUUUUAUGGUCAUUUCUUAAUGGGGAAUCUUUAAAUCUUUAGAAUAUUCUUUUGUACUUAUGCAACGUGACAUUCAAAAUUCCUAACUGCUUGGUCACAUACAAACAUGAAAACCCACUUGAAAACAACAAUAAAACUGAGGAAUGAGGCUCUGAGAUUUUCUAAAAUCCAAACAAUUUUACAAAAGAUUUUCCCAGUUGAAAAAGGGCAAAUGUAUUUUUUCAUUAAUUAUGACACUUAAAAUUGUAAAAUUGGAAGAUGAGUAAUAUGUCAGCCUUUUUAAUUUUGCCUAAUAAAUAAAAACUUAGUAAUAUCUAAGGCUUCAGGUUGAAUGAGCGCAGAGAGGAGUGAUGUGCAAGAGCUCCACAGUUUGUAAGGAAGCUAAAAGCUCUGUGACAAACAGUAUCCAACAUAUGAAGAUACCAGUGUGAUUUAUUUAUAUACAACCAAUCAGAAUAAUCAAGAACAGAUGAAAAUGUCAAUUCAGCUAGUCAUCGUCUAACAAAAAAUAAGUACUUGAUUGUUCAUCUUUAUAAAAUAAUACAAUGUUCAAAUAGAUUUCAUUUGACCUAUUGUAUGUGCACAGCUGUUAAUUCUGCAUUAUCUCUGCAUUCUUUCAGCAGUGAACAUGAAUUUAUGAACUUUUUACAGUUUUGCAGUUUAGUGUUUUUACUGCUAUUGAUAGCUGCAUAAAUUCAAGACUCGUAUCUCACAUUUUACAUGAAUUAGAAAUGAUGCAGAAGCAGAUGUUUGACAUUUUAACAGUGAAAAGUAUGUAAGUUGAAUAAGGUAUGUUCCCAUGCAUGUUCUUAAAGACAAAUAUUGUUGGAAUGUCAUGGCAAGAACAGUUAAAUACUUUUCACAGCAGGUUUGAUAAAUUGUGAGACUUUGAGCGAGUGCUCGGAUAGAUUUGGAACAUGAAUGUGUUUUGCUAGUCAACAAUUACAGUCAUAAUCACC